AUGACCUAUCAUGGACGCAGUGCGUUCCCUGCCGCAACUACACAACUACACCAGGAGCUACUACCGUCCGCGUUCAACCCAGUCAAGUCAAGCACCUACCAUCACCUUCCCUGCGAAGACCCGAUGUGCGAGCACGGGAGGAUCACAUGGUGCCAGUCCGGCCACACCUACCCCACUCCAGACAACAGUUUGUGCAUCUUCGACAAGCAGUACGGCGAUGGUAGCAGGCUAUCAGGCUACCUGGGAUCUGACGUCUUCCGCUUUGGGAACGGCAUAGCGUUGGACGACAAGGGCUACAACUUCGAGCAAGACAUCAUCUUUGGCUGCGCGUUGGAAGAACGUACAACCGCCGUCCGGGAAUACAGCUCCGGCAUUCUCGGUCUCGGCAUGGGUGGGUACAUGCCAGAAGAUGCAAAAAUUGUAGAAAACCAAAACAACUUGGCAUGGUGCCUUGAGAUGGACAUACAACCGUGCUUGCUCGCCCUCGCCAUCCUCGUCUGCUUUCCGCCGGAGACGGCGCAAUAUGCCUAUGGUCCUCUCCUCAACUUUCCACCGCUAACGGCGCAGGUUCCGUAUGAUCCUCCGUGGUCCGACGAGUACUGGGCCAACGAGCCCGUCGUCGGCGAGGCGGCCAGCGUCGCCGCCAGACGCGCGGAGGCAGGCGGCUACGCGUACGGCUGCGCCAGGGCCAGGCUAUGGUUCGCAUGGGGCUGCCCUCCCGCUCCCGGCGAGGGGGUGAACGGAACCCUGGUCUACGGGAGGCGGUCCUAUGAUCGGGAGCUGGAUCGCUUCGAGGAGGAGAGGCGGCACUGCCGCGACGACCGCGUCCCUCGGAACCAUCCGGAGGAACACCUCUUCCGUCGCACCUACCCGGCGACUAGAUUUGAUCUUUACUGUUGUGCCUGUUGCUUUUCAUGUGGUCCCUACUACUACAAAAAAUAG